AAGCGUAAUACUGCGUUUAAGUCGCCUGGUUUCCUGUGGCGCGAGGAAAGCGCGCCGAGGGGCGGGCUUCCUCUAGCAGCAGGAAGCCCGCCCCGGAAGUGAAGGAGCUCAGCGGCUGGGAGCCCCGGAAGCGGAAGUAGCCCGUCGCUGUCAUGGCGGCGCCCUGGCGGCGCUGGUCCUGGAGCCUGCUGCUCUCGUUACGGCCCUUGCACGCCGGGUCGCCGCAGCGGGAUGUGUUGCUCUUCGAGCAUGAACGAGGCCGCUUCUUCGCCAUCCUCGGGUGGUUCUGUGCCGGCCAGGGUGUCUUCUGGGCCUCGCUGGCCUUAGGGGCUCUGUCCUCACCCCCGGGCCCAUCGCGGGCGCGGGACCCUGAGGCCUCCGACCGCGGCUGGGGAGACCUGCGCUCGGCGCUGUGGCGCUAUGGGCUGGCCGCAUGCUGCGGCGCCAUGGGAACCCUGGUACUUGGUGCCGGUCUGGUCUUCUCUCUCCGAUCUGUGCGGUCAGUGAUGCUUCGAGCUGGAGGGCAGCAGGUGACCCUCACCACUCAUGCCCCCUUUGGCUUGGGGGCUAGCUUUACCGUUCCCUUGAACCAGGUGUCUUGCAUGGCCCACCGUGGGGAAGUCCCUGCCAUGCUGCCUCUGAAGGUCAAAGGUCGGCGUUUCUACUUCCUCUUGGAUAAAGCUGGACAUUUCCCUAAUGCUCAGCUCUUUGACACCACUGUGGGUACCUACCGGAGCUUGUGAAAAAACGAGAUCAUUCACAUCUCCCAGAGGCAGAUGGAAAGUGUAACAGCAAAUAAAAGGAGUUAAAAGGCAGCUGCCUGCUCCAUGCCUA